AUGGAUCGUUCCGUUCACUCUACGGAUGGAAUGGGACACGGAUCCUUAGUGGUUUGGAACGGGGCCUUGAAUAAGGAAAAUAACAAUAGUAAUGAAAAUAUAUCUACCAGUAAUGACAACGUUGGGCCGGUCAUCAGAAUUCUCGAAAUAGAGGCAAAAAUAGACAAAGAACCAACUCAAAUAGAUGAAAGCUCAUCCGCAGUUUUGAAGUACAGAACCCCUAAUUUCAGGGCAAGUGCCACUGUGGAAAUUUCACCAUUUUCCGACAAUGAAGCAUGGAAAGUGGGCUGGAUUCAAGCAUGUACCGAUAUGACAUUUCACAAUACUUACGGGAAAGAGGGAUACACAAGUUGGGAGUUUCCUGAACUUACUUCAGGGAAGCAGACAAUGAUAUCUGAUUGUGAUGGUCGACAUUACCCUUGGUAUGGUUCCCGUAACGAGACUGUGAUUUUUAAAGGGCCUUGCGAUCGUUACCAAACAGCAACAGUGUAUAUGAACGACAACUUCCAUCCACAUGUGACCUGGAGGAAUCCUGCUAAUCGACAUCAGCUGGAGCCUAAUCUCACACACAUCAUAAGAGAUCAAAGCUUUUAUGUCUGGCUUGUGGCAUGGAAUAUGGUUACAAUGAAGAGCUUUGUGAUGCAGACAAUAUCUUGGUGCAUGCAGCUCGAGAUCUCAAUAGAUCCACGGCGGCAACUAGGAGAGAGAGCUACUUUGAUCAGCAACCCUGUGCCUCGCCAGCCUAUCAUCCUGGACUACAAUGUGCCUAUCCCCCGCUGUGCUCUGACACCGCCCUGUGCCAACUCUGCACAAAUGCUGGUCUGGCACCCACGCAGAGGAAAGCCUGUGUGUGUCAUUCCUCCAGUUUGGAAGAGCCAGAGCCGCAGUCCAAAGCGGGACAGCAAGUUGUGAUAGAACCUGUCACAUGUUGUCUUGAAGGAAAGGGUAACAUUGUUCUUACAUAUUGUAAUGGUGAUACUGAGCAUGAAUGUCAGAAUCUUUUCGGUAACUUCUUUUUUUUAGCACAAGACCUACCAUUGAGCAUAACAAGGCCCUAUACAUUUAGAUGUGAAGAAAUGAUUAAAUAUGUGAACAAUAGAAAAAUAAUAUAUUUAGUAAGUUGCUAAAAUAUAAACA